ACCUACGGGUUCUAGAUUGCAAUAGUAAUGAACUUCAAUAUUUAUAAACAUAAAUCCGAUAUUCCAGAAAUUAACAGUAGUGUAAAUUUGUUAAUAAUUUAGCAAAUAUCAAAUUAAUUGUAACGUCAGCACUGCAUUUACAGGUGGUCAGUUUUUUUUUGUGGGUUACCUUCUACGUAUUGUGUGAAGUAGUGCACUUAUACUCUUACUAUUAGAUACGUAGUGCGGAAACAGAAAUUAUGGUUUAAUGAAUAAUAGAAAUUUUAAUAUACCGUCAAUCGUAUAAAUUUACCGAUUUAGACAUUCUUAUUAAAACGUCAUCUGUCUCUGAAGCGAAUACCGUAUUUUCGAACUUACUGCAGUGAUUUCCACAGAUGAGGUUAUGUUCAGGUUGUGCUAAAUUUUUCUCUCAGUCUAAAUGAAAUAAAUUGAUUUCAUUGAUGAAAUAUUUGAAAGGAUUUAGACGAGAUUAUUCAUAUUUUACUACGUAAUAUAAAUAUUGAAUAAAAGCAUGUCGUGGUUCGUGAAAACAAUACACACAACUGUUAAUGCUUGGGUACCACAGCUGACAUCGGUACGAUUUCGUUAUCACGCGGAUAAACUAGCUAAAGGUCCUCUGUUAAGACGUUAUGGUUACAUUGAUCCUCUUGAAAAUUUGAGAGGACUCUUACCUCGUACAGAUAACAGAGUAGUACAGUUGCCAGUGUACAGACCAAAGGAUGCUUGGAGCGAAAAGAGAGCUCUAUUUGGACAAAAUGAUUAUAUAGAUAUUCUAGGCUCAGAUAAGCUUCAUCCUACAAAAAUUUUGUAUAAUGUUCCAGCAUGGUUAAGAGGUGUUGGUGGAAACGAGUAUCAAGUAUUGUUAAGGAAACGUAAGAUGUUGAAACGCGGUAUAUUCCCUAUAGCCAGACCAAGUAGAUGGAGGGAUUUAAAUAAGAGAAUCAAAUACCUGUACAAAUUCUUGAACCGUAAAACUAGAACUCAUCGAAGCGCUCAGUAAUGCAUUUAAAUACUUGUAAAAAUAUGUAAAAUAUAUGUUGUGGUAACUUGAA